AUGACAACCGAAUACUCUGACGUUCAGUUGUUUGUCAGACCUAUUGGUCCACAGGUGACACAUGAGGAAGUGGAGGAGUUCUUCUCGCAGGUGGGCCCUUUGAAAGAGCUGAGACUCAUGCCUGGCUAUGCCUUUGUUGAGUACGAGAAUUCCGAGACCGCAGAGAAGGCCUUCAGCGAGUUUGUGGAAAAAACUUUCGCCGGAGAGACUCUUCAGAUCGAGUACGCAAAAAAGAAGCCGGAUUACGCCAAGAAGGGUGAAAAUAGAGUCAAGGUUUCGAAUCUUCCGGCCACUGCAUGGCAAGAUUUCAAAGAUUUCAUCAGAGAAGAAGUGCGGUUGACGCCUACUUUUGUUAGAAUUCCACCAGAUGAUCCAACUAUCUGCCACUUGGAGUUCGCCUCUAGAGAAGAUCUCGAGUCUGCCAUCAGCCAGCUGAAUGGUGUGAGUUACAGAGAUGCACAGCUUGUUGCCGAGGAAGACACCAGUCCUUACAUCGCAUCUGCUUCUAGAUCCCUUGGACCAAGAAGAGGUGGAUACAGAGGUAGAGGUGGCUUCUACAGAGGUGGUAGAGGUGGAUACCCUCCAAGAGGCAGAGGUGGAUACGGUGGACCAAGAGACUACCCUCCAUACAGAGGACCUCCAAGAGGAGACUUUGGUGGAUACCCUUCAAGAGGUGGCUUCGGUCCUCCUCCAGAUGGUCCAAUGGGUGGAUAUGGUGGCCCAUCCCGUGGCCCAAGCUAUAGGGAUUAUGGUGCCCCAGGUGGUCCAGGCGGCUACAGAGGAGGUAGAGGAGGCUACCCACCACGUGGAGGUUACAGAGAGCCUCGUGGAGGAUACCGUGAUUACGACAGAGGAUACAGAGACGGUCCUCCUCCACCAAGAGGCGAGUACAGAUCAAGAGAAGAAGGUGGAUCGUACCCAGAGCAAGGUGAAAGAGAAUAUGCAAGAGACAGAUCUCCAGCAAGAUACUGA